CCGAAACGUCGUUCGGCAACGAUCGACGCCCGAGUUCGCGCUUCCCUCGUAAACAUUUUUAGUUUAGAUUUUGGCCAUCGACGAGUGUGGUUGAAAUUUAAAAAGUUCUCAGUCUCAAAAGUUAAUAAUAAUUGAAUAAACAAUUAAAUUAUUAUUAUAAAUAGUGUUUGCUUUGUAUGUUCGGUAACUUUUCAGUUACGCGAUUUUUUUGAGUCAUCCCUUUAGGGACUAAAUUAUACCUGGCCAAUGCCAGAAAUGGUGGGAUUCUACGGCCAAGCCUCACUACCAGUAUCCCCAGCUCUUCAUCCAACAUCCGAAGACCUAUCCGUCAAAAAACUAGUUUGCAGCCCAGACUUGCCUUUGCCAGCUUUUCCCUCCCAAGCCCAACAACCCGGUGAACAGUGCCCCACUUGCCGCAAGAUGUUCGCCACCAAACAAGCUCUACAAGCUCACCAGCGUCAGGCUCACGUAAAAGACGACGGGCCCGAUCCGUACAGGUGCAACAUUUGUUCGAAAACUUUUGCGGUGCCCGCUCGGCUAACGCGUCACUAUCGUACUCAUACCGGCGAAAAACCGUUCAGAUGCGAGUUUUGCGAUAAAAGCUUCAGCGUAAAGGAAAACUUGAGCGUCCACAGACGUAUCCACACUAAGGAGAGACCCUACAAAUGCGAAGUUUGCUCUAGAGCGUUCGAGCAUUCCGGCAAACUGCACAGACACAUGAGGAUUCACACCGGCGAACGCCCCCACAAGUGCACAGUUUGCUCUAAAACUUUCAUCCAGUCUGGACAAUUGGUUAUUCACAUGCGGACGCAUACUGGCGAGAAACCUUACGUAUGCACUGUAUGUCAAAAAGGGUUCACUUGCAGCAAACAACUAAAAGUACAUUCGAGAACUCACACUGGAGAAAAACCUUAUUCGUGUGAGAUUUGUGGUAAAUCUUUUGGAUAUAAUCAUGUUUUGAAGCUUCACCAAGUGGCUCAUUACGGCGAAAAAGUCUACAAAUGCACCAUUUGCAAUGACACGUUCAAUUCCAAAAAGAGCAUGGAAGCUCACAUCAAAAGCCAUUCAGAUAAUGUCUCGUCUGUAGCCAUACAACAUCCACCACAACCACCGACCCCACCCUCCUCAAAUCCGUCUAGUGAAUCUGGCAUUAGCGACAAAGAAAACUUCAAAAGUCCAAUGGAAGAAGACGCCCCAUCUGAAAUAAGAAUAUCACCAGAACCUGACGAUAUAUAUUACUUAUAUUCACGAGGUGGUUUAUCUCCUGCUUACCUGCAAACAUCUUAUCCAGCCUCUUCCGCUGGGGUAGAAUUACUAGCAGCUGCAGCAACCGCAAGAGAAAGUGCCGAAUUUUACUCAGCAACUGGACAAGACAUUUUGUUUAGUUUCAUGAAAUCGAAUAAUCAACCCUUGAGACAUCCGGCUUACUUUCCAAGUGCACCGGUGGCACCUUUAACAGCGGGAGACGAUAUCAGGAAACGUGUCGAAGCCGCUUUGGUUUUGAACGAAAUGAGUAGUUAUUCUGAAGAAGAACCGCCAACAGUUGUUUCUCCAACACCUCCAGCUUCACCCGAUCCAGAACUGAGCUUACCGCCCAGAAAACGUUCCAGAAUGAUUCAAAGGUCAAUGGAAGAUACUAUUGAUUUAUCGCCUGUGAGGUACAGUGUGAUUCAAUAUGCCGGGGCAUCGUAAGACAUGUGUGCAAUAAAGACACUUUAUUUGAUGUUUUGCUUAUAUUUUUUUAAUUUUCGUUUCUGUGAUAAGACUGUUUUUUUGAAAAUGUGUAGGUGUCUCUUCUUUUCGUAAUUUUUUUGAAUGUAGUGCCUGAUACAUGUGGCGGGAGCCUUUGCAAUAAAAAUAAAUUUUGUAGUUUGUGUGAUUUUUUGCGAGUGUAAAAUUCUAAUCUAAAUCUUAAUAACACAAUAUUAUUAUUAUUAUUAUUAUUGCCCCAGAUGAAAUCUUAUCGUUUCACUAUUUGUACAUUUUGAAGUAUUUUAUUAAAUAAAAUAAUUUUUGGAUUCGAUAAGAUUUUAUUUUUUGCAAUUCUUAUUGGGUAAUUCUGGGUUCCUUUUUCUAUUUAUUCUUGAUUAUAUUUCCCCAGAAAUACCGUGUAUGCAUGGUGUAUAGGAUUAAAAUAAUUCCAAUUUAAUUUUUGUUUUUUGUUGUAAUAAUUAUUUAUCCUUUUCUGAUUUAAUCAGAGGAUUCCGAAUGUUUUCGUGUUUUUUCGUUUUAUAAAUGUUACAUUUUAAUUAUGUAUAAUUAAUAAUAAUUGAUAGGCAAAAAAAAAAUAACGUACUGUACACUUAAGUCUGAGCCGCCGCGGUUUUGUCCUCGCAAACUGUAACGGUCUAUUAUUGUAUUCCUUAUAUAAAAAAAAAUAAAUAUUUGUCGUAUAGUAGCUGUAUUCUAUAUCUUAAAAAUAUUAUUAUUAUUAAUAUUAAUAUUGAAAUGGCGAGAGUAAUAAUAAAUAAAUAAAAAUCAAUCUUUUCAA